AUGUCAACCACACAGAAGCCUCUGCGCUCGCCUGGCCGUGUCGGUGUGUAUUGUAGGCCGCCUGCCCCCGGGCCCGGCCAGCACUGGAUCAGUACCUCAGCCUUUAACAGGGCAGUAGAACAGCCCAAGCUCCGGCCGGAGGACCAGGACCCACCCAGCCAUCCCCCCAGCCUGGCUGGAACAGAGCCCGUCUAUGGGGCAGACUCCUCCAAGCUGCCUGUGGAGGCUCCACCGGAGGCCCCAGAGAUAGACCCUCUGCAGGACAAGUCCAUUGGUCUGGUGCAGAGGUUCAAGAAGACCUUCAAGCAGUAUGGGAAGGUGAUGAUACCUGUCCAUCUCCUGACCUCCAGCGUCUGGUUCGGGACCUUCUACUACGCUGCUAUGCAGGGAGUGAAUGUGGUGCCUUUUCUGGAGUUCAUUGGUUUACCAGAGAAGAUCGUUGGUCUGCUGAAUCACUCUUCUGGGGGCUAUGCCCUUACUGCCUACGCCAUGUACAAGAUUGCUACACCCGCCAGAUACACGGUGACUCUGGGUGGGACGUCCUUCUCGGUGCAGUACCUCCGUAAACACGGCUACUUCUCCACCCCUCCGCCCGUCAAAGACUACCUGCAGGACCGGAUGGAAGAGACCAGGGAGAAACUCACAGAGAAAAUGGAGGAAACUAAGGAACUGUUCUCUGAAAAAAUGGAGGAAACCAAAGAACUACUCUCGGGGAAAAUGGAAGAUACGAAAGAACGAUUGUCUGAACGUUUCUCUGGAAAGAUGGAGGAGACGAAAGAACGUUUCUCUGAUAAACUACAGGAAGCCAAAGACGAAGUGUCUUACCGAAAGAAGCUCGAUUAGUCUUGUUCACAAGUGGUUGUGAAUAAACACGUUUGGUGUCUUCAAUGUGGUUGGGGUCAAAGACAGAAUUAAGGCACAUAUUAUGAACCUAUUGUUGAGAGACGAAUGAGUCCAGACAUUACGCUGUUCUUCUGCAGUUCCUGACUGCCCCAGCUAGUACCAUUAUACCUGCUAUAAGGAGGAGGCUGGUGGGAUUUCUCAGUUGUAUUAGAAUACACUGAGGAGCAUUAUGAAUUCUGGGUAUGAAAAAUAAAAUUCCUGUUUUAAUUCAUCAUCGUCCAUCAAAGCCUCAUGAAGACUGUAACUGCAUGUGUCUUUCAACGUUUUAAAUCACGUUUUCUAAUGUCUUUUUAAUCCAAUACCCAAAGUUUAAUAUAUUGUAUUAUUUUUGUGUUCCUACUACCUAAUGUCUAGUCAACUGAAAGUUGUGCAUUUAAUAGGAAGUGUGAUUACAGACGUCGUUUGGUUGAUUCCUUAAAGGGGAUACUUCCGGAUGUUGGCAAUGCAGCCCCUUUAUCUACUUCCGCAGUCAGAUUAAAUCAUGGACAAAAUCCAGAAGUAUCCCUUUAAGUUGCUCUGUGGAUAUUACAGAAGUAUUCAACCAAAAUGCAAUGAAAUGAAAACCACAGUCUGAACAGAAGGGUGUUGGAUGCUGUAGUACCAGUUAUUGGACUGUACUGUUAAUGUCAUGUCUGGUAUGAUCACAAUUUGCAAUAAAGCAGAAUAUUGAGCUUCCAAACAUC